AUGCCCAAGGGCACCGGUAGUCCCGUCGAUGGCCAGAGAAUCCCUGGCAUCUCGCUCGAAUCCAUCGCCAGGCAGAAGACUCUGGCGCCGGCGCCACGGCUGUCGCCGACAUCAGAGCCGCCCGGCAGCGGCAGCCGACCGCGUAGAGCGCCGACGAUUGUCGGAGACUCGCUCACCCGCGCCAGCUCUACCGCAUCGCUCUCUCCGCGCACCGCGCCGAUCCUCGGCGAUGCGCUGAUCGACGCCGCCGAGGCUGAUGCCGACGACCAGAAUGCCGAUGCGCAAAACACAUUCCAGCUCGGGAGCGGCGCGGGCCACCUCCGCUCGUUCCGGAUCGUGCUGCUCAGCCUGGCGCUCUUCUCGAUCGCCCUCCUCAUCUACGACCACCUCACCCUCUGCGCCGAGAAGGACGUGCACCCGCUGCAGGAGCCGUGGGGGCCGAAUCGCCGCCGCGCCCUGCAAGAAGAAACAAACAGCAGCAGCGCGCUGCCGCUCGACCCCGUCUACUGCGGCAGCGGCACUGACUUCGCGCUGAUCAUGCGGGGCGCACAACUCGGCUUGCUGGUGCACGCCUGGGCGUGGACCGUUCUGCCGCAGAGGCUUCCUCCGUGCCUCGAGUGCCACCCGGCGACGGAGCGGAUCUUGGUGCUGGUCGUGAUGGUGCUGACCAGCUGGGGCUGGUGCAUGUUCAACACCAUCGCGCUCUACCAGCACCAGGUGGGGUCCGACGGCGGGCCCGAGGAGUCUAGCUUCAACUUCCUCUUCCUGAUCGUCAUGUACACGGUCUUCACACCCGGCAUGCCCUUCGAGAUCGUCGUCUUUGCGGGCUGGGGGCUGAUGAUCGUGAUGGCGGCCACGAAUGCCGCGCUCUGGGCCUGGGUGCGCCAAGACGACGGGAACGACUUUGCGAACAAGUGGGGCUACGUCCUCUUUGCCGAGAGCUUCAAGGAGCUCGUCGUCAACAUCCUGGGCACCUUCACCACCUUCGAGCUCAUCAGCGAGAUGCGGCGCCGCAUGCACCGGCUAAUGACAAACACGCUCCCCGAGCCGAUCCUCGCCGCCCUCGGCGGAGGGGACACCGCGUGCGUGCGCGUCUACCCCGGCACGACGGUGCUGCAGGCGGACAUGGCGGACAUGGUUGGCUUCACCAAGCUCUCGGCGACGCACCCGCCUCAGCGAGUCCUCGGACUGCUCUCGGACAUCUUCGAGGCCUCCGACCGGCCGUGCGAGACGCGCCGGGUCGAGGGGUACGAGCUGCUCAAGACCUACGUCAACUGCACGCCCAACCUCCGGCGCGAGGACAUCCCGCCCGCCGACGUCGAGGUUGGCAUCCAGGGCACGUACUGGGUGCGCGACCAGCCCGGUGGGCGGUGCCGGUGGCGGCGGCUGGAG